AUGAUUAAGGCCAUUCUAGUAUUUAAUAAUCAUGGAAAACCUAGACUUUCUAAAUUUUAUCAAUACUUUAAUGAGGAUAUGCAACAACAGAUAAUAAAAGAAACAUUUCAACUUGUUUCAAAGAGGGAUGAUAAUGUUUGUAAUUUUUUAGAAGGUGGAAGUUUAAUUGGUGGAUCUGACUAUAAAUUGAUUUAUCGACAUUAUGCUACAUUAUAUUUUGUAUUCUGUGUUGAUAGUUCAGAGUCAGAAUUGGGAAUUUUAGAUUUAAUACAAGUUUUUGUAGAAACAUUAGAUAAAUGUUUUGAAAAUGUAUGUGAACUUGACCUUAUUUUUCAUGUAGACAAAGUUCAUUAUAUUCUUAAUGAAUUAGUGAUGGGAGGAAUGGUUUUGGAAACCAAUAUGACUGAAAUUCUUACAAGAAUUGAAGAUCAGAAUAAACUGGAAAAACAAGAGGCAGGAAUCACAGCAGCGCCGGCGCGUGCUGUUUCUGCUGUCAAGAAUAUGAACAUACCACAGCAGAUAAAGGAUAUGAAGUUGCCUGAUUUACCACAAGCUAUAAAAGAUCUCAAAUUCUGACCAGCCGUUACUUCGUUGGCUCCAAGCUGACUGGUUUCAACUACAAUUUCAAGUGCAAGUGAUACCACAAGGGUUUUUUUCUCCUCCCUUCAAGUGAAUGAGAAUGCACCAAUACUGUCCACAAAUUCUUCAUAUAUCUCAUCUCAGUAAUAUCAAAGUUAAGCAAUGAAGAUUUUCAAGGAAGAGGAUCUAUGUUAUGAAAUUUGAAAAGUUAUUUCUAUUUGUGGUUUUAAAAAUAA